AUGAAAUACUUUGCUAAAAUUUUUGUACUAGGCUAUCUUGCACACUUUAUUAAGUCUGCUUCAUACAGAUGCCCUGUAAUAUCUUGCGAAAAUAAUCUAUAUAAAAACCGAUGCAUGGAAUUAGAUUAUGAAUUUCCUCAGAAUCAAACAAUAAGAUUUGGGAAGUGCAAGAAUAAUAAGGUUUGCAAUUUUAGAAGUGAUACAAAUUCACUUUGGCCUGUUAAGCCUAAUCAAAUGAAUUCAAUGACUGAUAUAUCUGGAGGCUAGUUAUGGACAUAUUGCAUAGAUCCUAAUAGUUGGGAGGUUGGUAAUCUAAUGCCAGGAAGAUCAUGCUCUGCUGAUUACCAGUGCUAUUCAAAUCUUUGCAUUAAUUAUAAAUGCAAGGGGUUAGAAUACCCAGCAGCUUGUCGAGAUAGUAAGGACUGUGAAGUUGGGUAUAAAUGUGCUAUUGAUUACUCAUAUAGGCCUGACAAAAUCAUUAAGAAUGUCUGUGUAAAAGUUUAAAUUGAGGGAUAAAAUUGUACUGCUGAUUUAGAUUGUCAAGUUCAAUUAGUUUGUGCAUAAAAUAGCACUAAAGCUAAUUCUAAAUCAUGCCAAAGACCAUAUAGUAAAGGAAUAGGGGAUACUUCUUUUGAUGGAAGACUUUGCUAAACAGGAGCAAUAAAUUCCAAAUCUUAAUGCGAACUUACAACCUAGAUAAAAUACAAUAAGAAAGCACUUUCCUCUCCAUUUAAAUGUAGCCCUGAUGAUAGUAUGAAAUGCGAGAAAUAUGAUAGCUCAGGAAAUCUACUAACAUAUUAGGGAGAUUAAUUAAUUCCUAACUAUAACGGACUUAUUGAUUAUUGCUAAUGCACUAACUAUUCUGCCUACACAAAUGAGAGCUCAGCAUACUGUAUUCCUUAUGGUAACUCUGAUUGGCAAUCACUCUGGAAAUUUUAUGCUUUAAGAAUACUCCCCUUUAUUGAAAGUUGCCACAUUUUAGAUAGAAAUAACCCUUUAGCUUGGCUUGACUCUGGGAGAGCGAUACAAGAGGAAGAAAUUACUUUAUUUGUCAACAAAUAUACACAGCUAUCAUAUCAUCAUUUCUAAUAGAAUAGUUCAUCUAUUCUAUGUCCUGAAGCUAUUUCUCCAUUCAGCAGUUUUAAUUGGAAUAAGUUACUGAAUGGAGUCACUUAAGUGUCUUCAUAUUCAAAUGCAAAAAAUAUUGAAAUAUGUCUAAAAUUUGCUCUUGGAAUACUUUUAUUAGUCACUAUUAAUUUAUGA